CGGGGCGACGCGUGACGCAAUCCGCCUGCGCGCUGGCGGGGCGGGGUGAGCCGGCCGCGGGCGCUGGGCGGGUCCGUGGCGCGGUCUAUCGGUGCCUGUUUUCUCGCUGGGUGGCGGACGAAACUUCACAAGAUGUCUAAGCAACAACCAGCUCAGUUUAUAAAUCCAGAAACUCCUGGCUAUGUUGGAUUUGCCAAUCUCCCCAAUCAAGUUCACCGAAAAUCAGUGAAAAAAGGUUUUGAGUUCACACUGAUGGUGGUUGGUGAAUCAGGUCUAGGAAAAUCGACUCUCAUAAACAGCCUGUUCCUAACUGAUCUCUACCCAGAAAGAGUUAUACCAGGCGCUGCAGAGAAAAUUGAAAGAACUGUCCAAAUUGAGGCUUCAACUGUUGAAAUUGAAGAGCGAGGGGUCAAGCUACGCCUGACAGUGGUGGAUACCCCUGGCUAUGGUGACGCCAUCAACUGCAGAGAUUGUUUUAAGACGAUAAUCUCCUAUAUCGAUGAGCAGUUUGAGCGGUACCUGCAUGACGAGAGCGGCUUGAACAGGCGGCACAUUGUAGAUAAUCGAGUGCACUGUUGCUUUUACUUCAUUUCACCGUUUGGACAUGGACUUAAGCCCUUAGAUGUGGCGUUUAUGAAGGCAAUACACAACAAGGUGAAUAUUGUGCCUGUCAUUGCAAAAGCUGACACCCUCACCCUGAAGGAACGGGAGCGGCUGAAGAAAAGGAUUCUGGAUGAAAUUGAAGAACAUAACAUCAAAAUCUAUCACUUACCUGAUGCAGAAUCAGAUGAAGAUGAAGAUUUUAAAGAGCAGACUAGACUUCUCAAGGCCAGCAUCCCAUUCUCUGUGGUUGGAUCCAAUCAGUUGAUUGAAGCCAAAGGAAAGAAGGUCAGAGGCCGCCUCUACCCCUGGGGUGUUGUGGAGGUGGAGAACCCAGAACACAACGACUUUCUGAAGCUGAGAACCAUGCUUAUGAGAGUUGCAGCCAGCACCUACAUUGUCGUCUGCAGUGCUUCUCACAUUGCAGAAGUCGUGUGGGGCUGCUGCAGCUUGGUGCUGAGAGCCCUCGCCCGGGCCCUCUGUGGCACUACAAAACUAGCUCUUCCCCUGUGGCCUUGUGUCCGAUGUACACUGUGUCCGCAGCUCCGCCGCAUGCAGGAGAUGAUCGCUGGGAUGCAGGCGCAGAUGCAGCUACAGAUGCAGGGUGGGGACGGCGACGGCGGGGCUCUCGGGCACCACGUGUGAGAAAACGCUUUCCUGGAUAAAAAAGAAAACAUUCCAGAUGCGUGAUCCAGCCGUGUGUUUUCAUAAUCCUUGGGAGAGUGCCAUCCACAUUUUAACUUACCUGUGCCUGAGAAUUUAAUUUUUAAAAAGUUUCGAUUUUUUUUUUGUAUGAGGUACUUUUAACAUAUGUAUUUCAUUGCUGUUACACUCUGUAAGGUGAACUUUUCCUUUUCUUCUUCCUAACCACUAAUGUUAGAAUUGACUUCCAAGAAUCAGCGUGUAUAGUUAAUACUGAAUUUCUUUAAUUUAACUGAGUUAACAACUGACUAACUAUUGGAGCACUCCUGAUUUGUAUCUAGAACAUUCAGAUUGACCCAUUAUGUUCCUGGGUGGUAGAGGCGUGUGCCUAGUGCUGUAGAAAGAUCCGCUGGCCUGGGGCAGGGUCAUUGCUUACCACACCACACUGCUUCCUUGCUUUUAUGUUUGUACACAACAUCUAAAACCAGUUUUGCUGCUAUCAUUCAGUACUGUUCAUUUGUCUGUGAGUUUAUUAUCUGUUAACCAAAUAAAACAAUAGAAUUACCUAAUGAGAUAUAUCUUUACACUUAAAUAGCUUUUUUAGAGGUGAUUUUUAAAGAAGUCUCUUGAUUCUGAUGCUAGGUCGUUUUAAAACCACUAUGCAGAGAACUCACUGUAAGCCACGUGAUCUCCACUAAUACUGGUUAUCCUGUGCUACACAGAAAAUCAAAGUAGUCACAACUAAGAUUCUUACCUACAAAAUGAGAUUCAGUAAACUCUUAACCAAAAUUAAAAAAAAAAUUUUAAGGAAAAUUAGCAGUUUACCUAUUCAGAAUCCAACCUUUCUAUAUUUUAUACUGCACUUUAGUGUAUUUUCUGUAACUGUAGAUAUAGAAGAUCUGCCUUCCCUGUGGAAAUUGGGGUCUGUCGGUGGGCAUGCCCCUGGAGCCCAGCUUUCCAUUGAACAGUGUUCCCACCCUAAGGCCUUGGCACCCUGAACGCCUGAUCUCUGAUACCUACCAGGUUUUCCUGAUUUGGGUUUCCUUUAAAUAUUCCUUUUUUGCAUGAUUUUCUGAUGGGAGGAAAAUAGCAGUAAUCAUUUUUGUGUGUGCAGACUGUCUCAUUUUUUUUUAGCCGUUGUCAUUUUAUUCAUUUUGUGUAAUAACCAUGUGUCGUGUCAAAGUGGAAGACAUUUCAAGUCUGUAGUAUAGCUAGUAGGCAGGUGUGCACAUUCGAAGCCACACCUGGUCUGUUUUCUGUGCACUGUGGCCUUAGCCUCGCCUUUCCUCCCGUGUCUCCGGGUGGCACGCUCCAGGGGUUGCCUUUUUUUUUUUUUUUUUUUUUUAAUCAAUUACACUGAAGUUGGGAGAUUCAGCUGCAGAAAGUGACAGAUGAAAGGAGACAAUGGUUGUGUAGGAAGAUGGAGAAAAUGCUCACUCUGAGGAUGAGACAGGGUUUUUUGUUUUUUUGUGGGGGAAAACAUAAAAUGAGGCAGUUACACAUUCGUUAUGAAGGUGUGCUACAGAAAAUAAUCUGGUGCUCUUGCUAACUUUGCUCCUUCACUGUUGCUUGCAAAUAGCCAAAAGCAGUAUGUUAUAGCUUAUUGUGUGAAGGUAACUAAGAAAAUGUGUUCCAUGACUUUAUAGAGUACAUCCAUGCAGAGUCCAUUAUUUGAGUUUUUGACAUUUAAUAACUUUGCUAGAAAAAUCUGUAAAAAGAAAAAAAAAACAUUUGCAAGUGAUUAAGCCCCAUGUAUGUUUGUGCGAAAGUCCUACUUCAGGCAAUCUGGUAGUAGUUGUGCACAAGGGGUGCCCAGGGCUGCACCUCUGACCACCUUUUGUGGUACUACCCAAACCUUAAGAUAUACUUUUGAUAAUAGAUAACUGCUCUUUUACUAAGAGAUCGUCUCUACCUAUAGAAAUGUAUUUUCAAAACACUUAUUUUACACAGCAAUUUUGUAUCCAUUUAAACUAAUCUUUUAUCAAUAAAGCACUAUUGUUUAGAUG